AUGAAGGCAUUCGUAUCUGUUCCGCCUCUGAAGGCAUUCAGGUCCGACGGUGAGCGCGGCGGCGAGAGGUGUUCUGAAGUUGCCGCUGAAGCUCAAUCAGUGUAUCGUGUCGCGCGCAUUUUGAUGUGGGGAAGUGACUGUUUUGACGGUCUUCAGUUCGCUUACGACAAGAUAGACGACCUAAACGAUGCGCCUGUCACCGUGUUUGGCUCGCUGAUGGGGAAUGCUAACGCGCAACGUCAAGCGUCUCAACCAACAGCCAUGCUUGAUUUGUUACCGGACGAGAUCAUCACACGAAUGAGUGGUCGUAAGGGUGUUUGGAUCGACAGCAUUACAUUGCACACCAAUUUUGGGCGUUCAAUCACGUGCGGAGGCAAGGGAGGAGGUGACUUUAAUGUGCCUACACCUGCAGACAGCGAAAUCCGCUCCAUAUCGUUCAAGAUUGGUGAUCACUUGACUGAUGCCAGCGUGUUUGUGCUUCAGGCCACACCGAUCAAAGCGCUCGAAAGUAAAUUGGCUCAAGACCUUCAGAAGAUACUGCCUUCCGGUGAAGAUCCAAACCGCCAACUUGCAAUUUCUGCCGCAUUGCGAUACCUAGAUAACAUUGCGCAACAUCCAGAAGAGUCAAAAUUCCAGCGUAUUCGCGCGAGCAACAAGUAUUUUGCUGCAAACGUUGGCGUGCUAGGCAGUGAAGUAGCCACAUGUUUCAUGAUAUGGUGCGGUUUCGAAGAGACUUUCGAACAUGAAGACCAGUUUUUCACUUUUCAGCCGUGGCAUGUGCAAGAUAAACCACCUUUGCAGCGAAUCGCAGCAGAGGCUCACAAGCGAAUGCAUUAUCUCAAGAACGUCGGUGCGCAAUAG